AGACUACAAUCCCUCCUUGGUCUUGGUAAAGAGGUACUUGUUUAUGUUUACCUUUGCGUUAGGGCGGCGGUGCUUGGCGUGGCCCGGGCAUCACCACGCUGUUAUUGACUGUCCAGGAGCCCCCUAAACAGCAGCCAUGUCUGGGGAGCCGCGGCCCGUUGUGAGGAUCCCCAGCAUCUUCGACUCAGAUGACGACAGCGAGGAAGAGACAACACACUCCCCCAUGACCUUCAGAGCCCUCACCACCACCACCACUAUCAACACCACCACCACCACCAUUACUACUAAACCCAUCACUGAGAGCCAGCAGAAGCCUUCUCCUCCAGCCCCAUUGGGAACUAAGGAACCACAAAGUCUCUCAUCAAAUUCUGAUAGCGAUGGCGAGCCCUUCAGCCCCAAGCCCGAAGAAGCCAAACCCAUAAAGCCCAUCGGCAGCCCACACGUGCAGUCAUCCAGUGAGGACAGUGAGAACUCUGAGGACGAAGGCGGAGGGAAGAAUCUCGUCUUCAGCAAGGAACGGAAACUAGAGGAAGAGGAGGAGGAGGAAGAUAAAGACGUAACUCUCGUCGCUGAUCAAGGUGACAACAACAUCAGUCACUCAAGCCCAGAAAACCAGGACGGGAGUGACGAUGAGGAUGAAGACGAUAGCAGCAACAGUGAUGACGAUGACGAGGAUGAUAGCGAUGACGAACAGGACCGCAGUGGCUCCAGUGUCGAGUACGAAAGCAUGACGCUGAGCCAGGAGGGAGGCAGCCACGUGGUGUAUAGCCCGGCCACGCCUCUCAGCAUCAAGAUAACCACCACCAAGAAGGGCGGGUUUGCCAUCAGACAGGAGACACCUUCCUUCAGACCUCCAUUCCAGGCUCAAGGUGCAAGAGACAAAGAAAAACAUACACCGGAACAACAUGAAAAGAAUCUCCCAGCAGCCAAAGAGAAAGAAAUUUUAAAAGAACAUGAUAAGACAAUGAUUGAAGGAAAAAUGGAGUUGGAGGAAACAAAAAAAGAAGAGAAAGAAACAAAAGUGACUCAGGAAGAUGAAAUAGAAGAAAUUAAAGAUGAAAAAGACAUAGAAAUCUGCAGGAAAAGUUUGCCUCUGCAUGAAAAAGUUAUGGAAAAGAAUGAACACCAGGAAAAAGUGAAUGGCGAAGAAGCAGAGGAAAUGGACAACAGCAACAAGAACAGCUCCACAAAAACAAUAGAGGAGGAAAAGAACGCUCUCUCGGAACAAAAAAAGGAGAACAGGGAAAGGGAAGAAAGGGAGGAGGAGAAAAUAGAAGCCAUGGACAGCAGUCAAGAGGAAACAGUACCCAAGGAAACAACAAAACACACAACAUCUAACCGAAGUGAAAAAAGCGAACCAGUAGAAACAGCAGUGAAAGAAUACGAAACUAACAUCAUUACCAGCAGUAGGUUGGAGGCGAUCGAGACCAAAGAUGAAAGUGACGGCAGUGACAAUGAGGCUCUGGCAAUCGAGUCUCCUCUCUCGACGGAAACCAAAGCCAAUAAGAAAAUAAAGGACGAAAUAAAUAAAGAUAAGGAUGAGCCAGUGGAGGUGGAGGAAGAGAAGGAUUUGAUAGGUAAGGAAGCAGUGAGGGAAAGCCAUGUCGGUGAGGAACGAAAAUCCUUAGAAGUCGGGGAUGAAAAGGAAGAGAGAGAGAAGGAGGAGAUGGAGAUAGAGGAAAAGGAAGAAGAGAGAGGAGAACACACUGACAGAAAAGAAGAAAAGGAAGAGGAGGAGGGAAAAGAAACACCUUACAUAACUACAUACAGAAAUGAAGAAGAAAAGAAAAGAAAAAGGAGGAGAUUGAAGGCCCAAAUUGACCCUAAAACCACAUAUAGAUAUAGAAGAGAAGAGAAGGAAAAAGAAGAAGAGGUACAAGAAACCACAUUUAGAAGAGAAGAAAAGGAAGAGAAUGAAGAAAUACAAGAAACCAUAUUUAGGAGAGAAGAAAAGGAGGAGGAAGAAAAAGAGGUACAAGAAACAAUGUAUAGAAGAGAAGAGAAAGAGAAAGAGGAGAAGGAAAGAGAGAUACAAGAAACCACAUUUAGAAGAGAGGAAAGGGAAGAAAAGAAAAAGAAUGAGGAAGAAAAGGAAGAAACACAACAAUCCCGAGUAGAUAAUCAAACCACUUUUACAAGAGUUGAAAAGAACGAAGAAAAGGAAGAAGAAGAAAAGGAAAUACGAAAAACUCAAGUUAUCACCCAAACCACAUUUAGGAAAGAAGAAAAGAAGACAAAGGAAGAUAAAGAAAAACAUGAUGAAAGUGAGGAAGAGUCAGACAAAACCAACACUCGUACAAACACCAAAAUACAAGAGGAAAACGAAGAUAGAAAUGACAACAUGGAAGACCAACUGGAGAUUAUUGAUGACGAGGAUGUGGAAAUGAAGGAACGCGAAGAAGAGGAGGAGGAGGAGGAAGGAGAAGGGAAGAGAGGAAGAGGCCAAGACUCCAGCCGUGCCCGAGACAAGUCACUGCCACCCGCCGCAAUUCCUCCACCCGUCGCUGUCGUAUUAAACUCAGACAGUGACUCGGAAACAACGAUGGAUGCCGAGAAGGCUCGUGACAUCAUCUCAAAGUCAUCGGCCAAGAGGAUCAAAGUGCCCUUGAAGGUGGAGGACGUCUACUUGGACUCUGAGGAUGACAGCCACAGCCUGUCCAAACCAUCUGGCGAGGGAGGGAGCGAGGGGGGAGCUGCUGGAGGGUGUGAGGGUGGCGGGCUGUCCACCGUGACCAGCGAGACGGAAUCUGUGGACCCCGAGGACCAGCGUGACUGCCUCUCCCAGCACAGCAGCUCCAGGGCCAGCAGCACAGACCUAUUCAGUAAAGUGUCAAGUUGCAGCCCGCGCCCCGAGUCCCCGAGCGACACCCCGUCACGCUCCCGCCAGAGUGCUCGCCCCAAAAAGCCCUUCAACCUCACCCCCACGGAGCUGGCACGCUACAUGGAGGCUUUCAAGUCGGGCUGGCGUCGGGAGAUCGUGAUGCGUGCCAUUCAGAACCCCACCAAGGCAGGAGGGGCCAGGGCGGACAUCUACUACUACGCCCCCUCCGGCAAGAAACUCCGGUCAAAGGUUGAGAUUGAAGACUACCUGUACCGAGUGGGCAUCACGGACCUCACCCUGGACAACUUCACCUGGGUCAAACAGCCGCUGGGGGUGUCGGACCAGUAUGAGGUGAUCCGACACGCGUCCGCUAAGAGUGCUGCCAGUUUGAUCGCCCCACCACGCCGCAAGACAACACCGGGCACCCCAACCUCCACGGGCAGCAUCUCCCCAGCCGCCAGCACCCAGCCCUCCUCAGCACCCCCACACAGCACCAGCCACACCCCCAAAGCCACCCCCGUUGUCACCAUCACCACCUACACGAAAACUCCGCCCAUGGUCAGAAUCCCAGCCAGCGUCAAGGCAAUUUCCGGCAUCAAGUCCCCGGUCGUGUCCAGCGCUCCGUCGACUGCUAAAGCCUCAGUUUCAGCGUCAUCUGUGGCCUCUGCAGCGAGUAAGGGCAGCCCUGGCGUGGUGUACUCCUACGACAUGACCACCCCGAGGAAGAGAGGAAGGGGACGACCGCGCAAGUACAGCCAGGAGGAGCCACAGCCAGCCCCGAAACGUGCCCGCAUGAAGACCACGCCCGUUGUUCCUGUCAGUCUCAAGAAAGGUGCUGGGCGGGGAGACAUCACAUCCCCGCUGCCACCACCACCACCGCCACCACCACCACUGCCACCACUGCCCCCACCGCCCACCUCCACUCCAGCAGCACUCCCAACCAGCCCCGCCAUGCAGCACCUGCAGCACCACACUCCCCCUGCACAAGCCAUCAGCCAGAAUAAUAAUAAUGAAGAUAGUAAAGAUAGUAAUAGCGAUAAUGCCACAGGGAUGAGCAUGAGUGUCCAGCGGCCGAUAUUACCGACGCCAACCCCAAGACCAAGGCAGCCGGCACGGAAGACCAAGGAUCCGGUUGUCACCACAGGCCACAUCACCUCCCUGCCGCCUGGACCGCCCAAGAUACUAACCCCAAUGUUGAUGGGAGGCGCCCGGCAACGCACCUUCCACUGCACCGGCACAUGUCCGCUGGGGGGUGGCUCAGUGCCGUGUCUUCAGUGCGUCAAGUGCCUCUGUCUCUUCCACCCGGAGUGCACAUGUAUGCCGCCCCAGAUAGUGACCAUCAUCCAAGCCGGAGCUGCAAAGUUCCUCUGCCCGAACUGCUAUCGAGAGAACAAGGAGAACGUUGGCUCCAACAAGUGGGUUCUGCCGGAGCCCUUUGAACCCCUUGCCCACGACCCUUCCUCAGCAUCCUCAGACACAGAAUCGGAGGACGAGACCACCGGAGGACGUCAGUCGGAGAAGGAGGUGUGGGUUGAGAACUAUACCCGGGUGUGUCUGCGACCUGAUACACCCCCCACGCCUCCCUCCUCGCCUUCCCCCUCGCAUAGCCUUGGUCCGUGGCGGGGAGACGGGAGUGACUCGAGGCAAGAUCAGAUUGGUGAACAUUCCCAGCAUAGCAGCCAGUCCGGGGAAAUGUCGAGAGGCAUGGCGGCCAUGGGUUGCCUGCCACCACACAGCAUGGGCAGCCAGCUCGUUCAGAUCCAGCAGCCAGGCUCGACGACACCCUGCUUCUUCCUGGUGCAGGGGAGGCCUGGAGCGCCUGGCGGGGAGCUGGUGCCCAUGCCCGGCACUGGCAUGGGAGUGGGCAAAGGUAUGCAGCCUGUCAUCCUGCCCAGGUUCAUGGACCAUCAGCAGCAGGUUCAGAUGUCCGGCCCACUCAUGAUGCAGCAGCAGAUGUUCCGCUCCGCCGUGCCCUUACAGAUGCAGCAGCAGGACCUCCCUGCCCCACACAAGCAGGAGACGCCCUUCGGCAAGCACUACAAGCAGUACUGUGAGGCCAUCAUUCAGAGAGAAAGCAGCUUCCUGGGCGAGCUGAGCCAACGCUACCUGCUGCUGCGACACGUCUUCAAGUACCUGUCUGUGAGGGACCUGCUAGUGGCCUCGCAAGUCUGCAUGCUGUGGCGCGACCUGGCACUCAGCCCUUCCCUGUGGGAGACGGUGAGGUUGCGGAACGUGUGUGUGACAGACUGGAGUGAGUUUGCGAGGUUCCUGGACCAGCGGAACACCAAAAACCUGGACCUGAGGAAGAUGAGGCUCAAGGAAGUGGAUAUUACCAAAAGGAGCUCAAAGAAUGGAGGAAAACACAAACUCAAAGUCAAAGGGAGUUCCAGUAUAACACAAGAAGCCAACACAAGCUCAGAAUCCCUCAAGAAAUCGCCCAGGGACUCACUCACCCACCAGGACCCAAGCACAAAGAAAGCUCGAGGGGUGAACGAGAACCAGGAAUCGUCACACAGGAACCACCACCCACCGAACAGUGCAGACGAUGGCGAGUCUUCACUAACCCGUAAUAGACCUGGUGAUAUCUACGAGUCUUUGAGCCGGAAAGUUAAAGAGGAAGAAAUGGAGGUAGACGAGGAUAAGAGAAGUGAUAGUCAAAGCAGUGGAGAGCUUUGCAUGGACUGUGAGGAAGAGGAAAAAGAGUUAAAAGACAGCACCAGCAAUAGGGGAAAAGAAAGCACUCUGAAAUCUAACGAAACUCGAGCAGGUCAUCAGGAGGCACAGUGGCAGGAUAUCUUUGGUGCGCUGAGUCUGGUGCGGUGCCUGCGGGGCGUGACGCUGCCCUCCUGCCCCGGCCAUGUGCUGCAGCUGCUCCUCGCCUCGUGUCGGCACCUCACCUGCAUCAACGCCAUGGACCUUAGACACCCCUCCGGUCCUAUCAGGUUCGACCCAGCGUACCUCAUGGAAACGGCGGACCUCACAGAACUGCGGAUUGGCUCCCCCUCUGGCUUCUCCCUCACCACUAACUUCAACUUCAUCAAGCUGCAGAAACUCAGAGUCCUGGUGAUGCGGGGCCUGACGGGGGACAGCUGGCCAUACCUGGGGACCAACCUUACAACCCUGCAAGUGGGCCCCAUCAAGACCUUCACUGCCAGGACUUGGGCAAACCUGGGCAGCAUGACCAACCUGCAAGCACUGUGGCUGGAGGAUGGUGGGUCGCUGUUUGACUCCAGUGUCUGCGAGGGCCUGAGUCGCUUGACCAGCCUUCGUCGCCUCUGCCUCUUCAACUUCGUGGUGGGGCCGAAACUUGGAAAUGCCCUCAAAAAGCUGCCACGUCUUGACCGCCUUUUCGUGCUUCCUGUGGGCACUGAGGAGGCUAGCAUCGUGAGUCAGAAUGGCAACAUGCUGGCAGCGGUGGAGGUGCUGCGCCACGUGGAGGAGCUGGUCUGGGCCGUCCAUGCCAGUGACGUCUACUUCUCCGGAGGCUGUGACUGCAUCCGCAUGUCACCCAACGACUCUAAGAUGUACAAGGGGAUGCAAGAGAGCCCUGAUAGCAACCUGUGGUCCCUGCCAAAGCUGGAGAUGGUGUUGAAGAGGCAGCUCCCUCACUCCAACAUGCGGAUUAUUAAACUGGACCCAACAGCCGCCUCACAUCUCGCUCUGGCCACACUCUGAACAGCCCAUCCUUGUCUUAGUCAUUUACUGCUUCACAUCCCCCUCUGGUGUUCUAAACAACCCUUCCUUUUCUUCCUCUUAUACUGCUUCUCGUUACAUUCUGUAACUCUAAACAGCCUCACUAUUUUGUAUUCCAGUACCUUAUCUUUUUAACUAUUCCCUGGCCAGUCUCUAAACAGCCUCUCCUUGCCUUCUUAUAUGCUUCAUGUUCCUCUAAGUCACUCUAAACAGUCUAACUUUGCAUCUCAGUACCUUAUCUUUUUAACUAUUCUUGGGCCAAUGUCUAAACAGCCCAUCCUUUUCUUCUUAAACAGCCUCACUUUGCAUCAACAUACCUAAUCUUUUUAACUAUUCUCUGGCCAGUCUCUAAACAGCCUCUCCUUGUCUUCUCAUAUGCUUCCCGUUCCUCUAAGUCACUCUAAACAGUCUCACUUUGCAUCUCGGUACCUUAUCUUUUUAACUAUUCUUGGGCCAAUCUCUAAACGGCCCCUCCUUUUAUUUUUCUUAAACUGCUUCCCUGUUCCCUUAUGUCAAGCUAAACAGCCUCAUUUAGCAUCAACAUACCUAAUCUUUUUAACUAUUCUCUGCCCACCCUCUAAACAGCCUCUCCUUGUCUUCAUCUUAAACUACUUCCCAUUCCUUUUACGUCACUCUAAACAGCCUCACUAUCUUCUAUCCUAGUACCUAAUCUUUUUACUUCACUCUCAUUCCCUGUUGCUCUUGAAAGGGAUUUGAUCCUAAAACCACUGAUUCUCUUCAUAUCUUAUCUUGGCCAUUCACUAGAGGUUCUUAUGGCAUAUUUAAAAAGUAGAGAUAUGCUGCUCCCUUUCCAUUCCUUCUUAUUCUGCUCCCUAUCCACCCUUAGGCAUUCACUAGAGGUUCUCAUGGUAUAUUUAACCCCUCUGGGACCAGCAGCGGUGGUAAUCUUGGUGCUGCCAGGACAGGCCCUCCAGCGCUAAACACCAAAAAUAGCCUACAAUGAACGAGCAAAAUUUAAUGAAACAGACUUUGUACUCACUAUUAAGUCUUCCUCUUUCUAAUGUUGCCAUCCAGAAGUCUCUGCAUGCCAUGGUUAUGGAGAGACCGCAUUGAAGAGGAGAGAAUUAUGGCGGGAACAGCCAUGCGUCCAUUUUGGCUGCUUGGCCAUGGCUAGGUUGUAAUGAAAACGGGUGCCCCAAGCUCUAUUUACACAAGCUAGUCUAUAAUAUAAGCUCCCUCCAUGCAAUAAACCCCCUAUUGUGUGUGGUUAGCAUAGGGUUGCCACCUUGACAUCAGAAAAAUAUGGAACAUCUCGUUCUCCAAUACGGAAAGAAUCUGUAUUUUAAAGGACGGGUGGCAACACAAAAAUUUCUGACAGUCGUAGCCUGCUGCUUGUGGAGGCAGGAGGAAGGGGGGUCGUGUACUGUACACAUAUUUGACAAACAUAAUUUUACGGCCUGUUUUUUUAGAUUAACCGAAAAAUGCCAUCACUACAGCUUUAAAAUGCUGAAUUUUAUCUGCUUGCCCAUUCAGACAGACAUAUACGGAACAAAUGGAGUUCCGUAUUGGUUCAAAACGGAACACACCAUUUCAUUCUCCAAUACAGAACGAUUCCAUAUUUUAAGGGAUGGGUAGUCACCCUAGGUUAGCGGGAGGGUAAUACAUGUGGUGUUCAGGUCCGAGGGUGGGAGGGUGCGGGCAGGAAAUCAGACUCAUCAGAAUCAGUGUCACUGUUUUUUGCCAUGAUAAGAGCAGAGCAGAGACUGACAGAAUAGCCAAACUAAUUCUCGGGCAGAGUUCCCAAUAAGUGAAUUACAAAAAUAAGCGAAAUGUAGCUAAAUGUGGCAUAAAAACAGCAAGGCUGUUAUAACCGCCUCUGGUCCUUUAGGGGGUUAAAGGUUAGAAAUACACUGCUUCCUUUCCUUCUUAUGUUGCUUCCUAUCCACCCUUGGCCAUUCAGUAGAGGCUUUCAUGGCGUAUUAUUUAAGAGGUAGAAUCAAGCUGCUCCCUUUCCAUUCUCAUAAUUCCAAGGCCAUAUAUUUAAGGCUCUUUUGAGAUAGCACCAAGAACCCACUUGUCUUUACUACUCUCUGUCCCUUAGUAUUCCCUCUCUUAAGGGUGAUAGUGGCUUAAACCUGAGAUGAAUAAGGGAAGAUGGAGUUGCAGAAGAGACUAAAAGGUUAAGGGAUAGUUCGAUGAAAGAGUAAAAGGGGAAAGAAGGGAGAAGAGAAAAGAGAAGAAUAGGUGGAGAUGAAGAUGUGAAGACUUAUGAAAUCAAUGAAAACAACAGCCUUCAAACCUGACAAUCAGAGAUGAAAAAAAUGAAAAUUGACUAAAAAAAAAGACUUGAAGAUUGAAAAAGAGUCUAAUAAGAGAAAAAGUAGAGAAAAGGAGGAUCAAAAAAUACAUCAGCCUCCAAUCUUGACAACCCGAGACUGAAUAUGAAGUAAGACGAGUGAUUUGAAGAUUGAGGAAGAGUUUGAUAAGAGAAAAAGGCAAAGAAAAGUCCCAUGCAAGCAACAGCCUUCACUUUGCACCACUGAACAGCUCGCUUGCUCUUUUCCUCGACCGUUUGACAUGCAUCUGUGCCGUGUCCAAGUACUGGGGCGCCAACACAGGUAAAAUCCAUGCUGUCCCUGUUGGUAUGACUGAUCUGAAUAACUAGCAUAGAGGUGGAGUUGCUGACUAACACGAUGGAUGGUGAGAUGGUAUAGGCGUUGUCCCCCUGAUAUAAAUACAGUACGUUGAAAGGUAGUAUGAACUGUAUGUGAAGUUGGUUAUAUCUGGGUAAUUAUCAUAGCGGCAGAGUGGCUGACUAACACAAUGGAUGACGUGAUAGCCAUUGUCUCGCUGAUAUAAAAACAGUACGUUGAAAGGUAGUCUGAACUGUAUGUGAAGUUGGUUAUAUCUGGGUAAUUAUCAUAGCGGCAGAGUGGCUGACUAACACAAUGGACGACGUGAAGGUAGCCAUUGUCUCACUGAUAUAAAAACAGUACGUUGAAAGAUAGUCUGAAAUGUAUAAGUUGGUAAUAUCUAGCAUAAUUUUUUUCCACUAUUAAGGUUCCUAAGGUCCUAUACACACUGGGUAUUAUAUUAAGUAAAAAUAGUUAGUUUGAGCUCCCUCUGUUGCAUUUCUGUGUACAUAAUAGUAGUAAUCAGCCAUUGCAAGACACUUUUAACUGAAUUGAUAUGAGUAGUAUGUCAUUUCAAGUUAACAAUUUCAGUGGGAAUGUAGAUGUAAAAAUAUAUUAAAUUGUCUGGCCAGCAGUAUAGUGUAGGUCCAUGCCUAUAGGACUAGGUUAUUAGGAUGAACAGAAAUUAGCUUUUUAUGUAAUUUAAGGCUGGCUUAUAAUUUUAGUUGAAACAUGAGGCGAGCUUACAGUGUUUUAAGAAUAAUUAGAUAUUCAGUAGUAACACAAGCUAUCAAUGUGCCCCAGAAUAUAUGAUUGACAGUAUCAACUAUCAAUCAAUCAAUCAAUCAGUAUCAGACACGUAUACUCAUUCGUACGCAUUUAGUGAGUAACUAAAUUUUUAAUUUUAAUUAUAUAUAAUUUAAAUUUUUUUCUAAGCUUAUAAUAAUAAUAAUAAUAAUAAUAAUAAUAAUAAUAAUAAUAA